AGAGACCUGGCUUAACAUCAUGACCUUUCUCAGUACGCUAACGUCCGCAUGUCUUUCCAUUCUCUCAGAGUAAAGCCAUUGCCGCAGCCACCUUCUCUACCACGUUUAUCCUCACCAUCUGCCUGGGAGUGUACAGCAUGGUCAACAGUUUCCAAGGCCGUUUCGUCAUCUACAGCGGGGGCAUCUUCCUUGGGGCUACCGGCUGCCUCGUCGCGCUGUUCGCCCCCAAACUGAUGGUUACGGUGUUCUCCCCGCAAACCAACACCCGCGAGCACAUGCGCCGUCUCCUCCGCGGAACAGACCGUUCGACACACGCAGGGGGUUCGUCUGACGAGGCGUCUGGCGUCAAGAGCGGCAACGGGAGGAAGGCGUCGCAGGACUUGACCGGCAAACCCAUGCCUCUCAGCCAGAAUACCAGGAAGGCGUCGAUGAGUUUAGGCAUAGGCACGCAAUCCCUCGCCUCACACGGGUCGGUCGGAUCCAUGGCCAACUUGUCCCCUCGCCUUGGUGCGGCUGCAUCCGUCGUCAACGGUAUCCCCACGUCGAACGCCCAUAUCGCGCCAGCGCCUGCCACGAUCUACGUGCAGGAUGGAAAGCAGUUGGCUCGAGAGCACCGCGACCGCAUUGCUGGUCUCGUCCGCGUCAUUAACAACACCGCUGCAUCGGGACGUAUCACUGAGUUCCAAGAACACAUCGACAAGCUUCAGGCGUUCUCGAGCCGGUUCAAGAUCCUCGCCCCCGUCAAAACGCGCACGGGGUCCAUCGGCGUUCUCAAUCUCGAGAAGGGUGAGAAGACCGAAAAGGAUAAAUUUACGGCGGGAUCGCCUACGACCAAAGAGAUUACCAAAACGAAUGUCUUUCCCAUCACUGAAGACGUGUGAGCUUAUUAGUUGCAUGGUAGCGGGAGGGGAUCAGCAGCAAUCUACAUAUCGAUAUACCCUUUGGUUAACCGGGCAGAGGUGUUUGAUUUCCUUCGAAUUGUACCCCAAUUCCUUCAUUUUUUAUUGCGUAAUCACUUGGAUAGCCCCUGCGAGCUGUGCGUUCCUUUCAGCUGUUCUCAACGAUGCGGUUUCCUCUGAAACGGGGUUAGACUUCGUUCUUUGGCAUCUCCCCCUUGUACUCCUCUGGCAGACAUGAUACUUGCAUACGGAAAAGCACGCUCGGCCAAUAUCGC